AUGGAUCCUCAAAACCGCACCAUUGGAGAGUUUGACUCACUAGACAUCUUUUUCACAAACCGCCAACCUAUAUGCCCUUCACGACCUACUGGAGAGUUCAAGAUAAGCUCUAAACUCAUUGCUUUGGUGGAGCAGCAUCAGUUUCGUGGCCUAGAAGAAGAGCAGCCCAUUGAUCAUAUUGAGAAGUUUGAAGAAAUCUGCGCUACAAGGAGAUGUAGUGGAGUUUCUGAGGAUUACUUGAAGUGUACUUUAUUCUCUUUCUCUUUGGUUGAGAAGGCAUACAAAUGGAUGAGGGCUCUUCCAGCAGGAUCAAUCACUACUUGGGAUGAAUACAAGAGAGCUUUCUUGAAGAAUUUCUACCCAAAAGAGAGAUUAAAAUGGAUGAGAAGAAGAAUCUCAGAAUUUCGACAUGAGGCACAUGAAUCAUUCUUUGAGGCUGUUUCACGGUUCAAGGAGUACAAGAGAGAGUGCCCUCACCAUGGUUUUACAGAGAUUGCUUUGCUAAACUUCUUCUAUCAAGGAGUUGAUGAGAAAUUCAAGAUGGCACUCAACAUCGCAAGUCAAGGGGACUUCAUGACUAAUACAGUUGCUCAAGCCAAUACUCUCAUUGAUAACUUGGCUGCAAGCAACAAAUAUUCUUGCUUGGACUAUGAGAAAAACGUGGAGCACAUCAAGCCAAGUUCAGACUUUUCAGAAAUCCUUGAGCUGAAAUCAAUGGUUGCUCAAUUUCUCAAGAACCAGCAAAGGGAUGCAUACCAAUGUGAGAACAUGGGAGCUUCUCAUGGUAAGGAUAAAGAGGAGUGUAAUGGUGAUAACUCUCAUAAGCAGCAAGGAGAAGUCAACUACAUUGAUGCUAGAGAGGAAAGACUUGAAGCUAUGAUGCAACAGCUAAUGGAAAAUCAACAACAUAUGAUGGAAAGACAAGAGCAAAACGCCCAAGAGAUUGAAAACCUUGAGUCAAAAUGGCGAAAGACUAUGGUCAUCUCAACAGAAAAGAUGAUGAGAUAUUUGCAAAGCUCUUUGAUCUAA